AAGAGCUAGGGUGAAACAGAUCGCCCGUGUUCUCUUUUUCUUUCCUCUAAUAAGUCAACUGGUUCUCUGUAUAAACCCACCACUCCUGCCUCCUCCUUCGCCGAGGCAAGGAUCGGCCUAGCCUAUGGGGCUGUUCGGAUGAUCCGAAAUGGAGAUAGGCCUCCUGGAGGCCCAUGGGAAUGGUUGGGUGGGAAGGCAGGUUCCAUUUUUUGCAUCUUCCAGCGGUCGUGGAAGGCGGAGAACUUUCCCACACCACCCAUUCCUAUUGAUCCCAGGGGUUUCUCCCUUUCUCUUCGUGCUGGAAAUGAAAUCAAUAGAGUCUGUGUCUCUUUCAUGAUUAACCACAUGGCGUACUCUCAGCAGAAAGAGUUGAGAUGGCUUCAGCACAACACAUCCAGCAAUGAGGAGUUUCUACAAAGAGAUCAAGGGGAUGAAUGUGAAGGAACUUCCUGCGCACGUGAAGCCAAUGCUCUUUUUCGGUUACCUAAAGAAAAGGCCAUUCAGAGAGGCAUCGAAAACUGCCUUGCCAAGUACACACAAAUGAAUUCCAUCAAUCCUCUCAACCAUUCAAGCUUCAUUGAGAUGAUAGUCUGUGUCCUUGUAGCAUUUUCAGGGAAAUGACAUUAUGAUGAGCACCAGCAGACGCCAGAGAGCACAGAGGGUCAUUGGACGCAAUUUGAUGGAUGCGAUGGCUUGAUAACUAUGCAGCAGCUUCUUGCUUUAAUUUCAAGGGCAUAGGAAAAACUUUUGGUUGGUGUGGCUGGCAGGAGAGAAAUAAAAGAUCUUUCAAUGGAUUGUAAUAGCCAAUGAGCAAAGUUAUAGAUCCAUUCUAAUUCAUGAUUUUUAUUCCCAAUGGCAUCCAUGCAUGAGUUCACUGGUAAUUUACUAUGUCAGGAAUCAACAUAUAUUGUUUCUUUGAAAGUGUAUGCAUCAGAUUUCAAAAUCAGACCUGAUUGUUGUGCCCUAAUAAUUUUAGUAUCUGUUGGCUUGAUAAUUGGAC